GUCACUCAACCAUCUCCCCGGAGCCGAGGAGUGGAAAACCUGGCAGGAGAAGUAACAAAGGCGGGACUCGCUCCCCUCCCCGGUGGCGCACGCACGCGCGCAGCGUGGCCGAGCCGCGCCCUCCGUGGGAACCAGGGCGGCCAAGCUGUGUGGGGUCGUCGGGGGCGCGGCUCAGGCCAGGCGCAGCGGUCGUCCUGCGGCCGAGCUCCCCGGAACGAGGGCACCUGUGCGAGCCUGCUGACAUGACGGAUAGUGGAGGUGAGGAGCCGCCCUCCAGGCCAGAGACUCCGGACAGGGAGGGCCGAGUCCCUGAGGACAAGUGGCUGCUCCAUCAGAGGCUGGCUGUCAGGGAGCUCAUUGACACGGAGGUCUCCUACUUGCACCUGCUCCAGCUCUGUGCCAAGGACAUCAGGAGCCGCUUGCCUCAGCUGCCGCAGGGAGAUCUGGAUGUCCUGUUCUCAAACAUUGAUGAUAUCAUCGAGGUGAAUAGCAGAUUUCUUCAUGAUCUUCAAGAAACAGCCUCCAAGGAAGAGGAGCAAGUGUUUCUUAUUGGUAAUUUAUUCCUGAAAUUCCAAGAGGAGCUGGAGCGAGUAUAUAAGGUCUACUGUGCUACCUAUGACCAGGCCUUGCUGCUGGUGGAGACUUACCGGAAGGAGCCAGAGCUGCAGCGGGAGAUCCAGAGCGUCAUUGAGGCCGCGGUGCCUCAAGCUGGACCCUCGGGUCUCAGUUUCUUAUUGGUCAUCCCUCUGCAGAGGAUUACCAAGUACCCACUGCUGCUGCAGAAAAUCCUAGAGAACACACUCCCUGCGGACAGUGCUUAUCCUACUAUUCAGAGGGCUGCCUCUGCCCUCCAGGACGUGACCACCAACAUCAACGAGUACAAGAGGCGCAAAGAGCUAGCGUCCAAGUACAACAAGGUGGAACAGCUGACCCUGCGGGAGAGACUGGCCCGCAUCAACACGCACACACUUUCCAAGAAGACCACGCGGCUGAGCCAGCUGCUGAAGCAGGAGGCGGGGCUUGUGCCUAGGACAGAAGACAAGGAGUUUGAUGACUUGGAAGAGAGGUUCCACUUGGUGUCGCUGUGUGUGACGGAGCUGAAGAGCAAUGUGGCUGCUUACCUGGAUAACCUGGAGGCUUUCCUCCGCUUCAGGCCACAGGACUGUGAUCUGGACAUGGCAGAGGGCCCGGUGGUGCAGUACCGCAGCCUGACGCAGGACCUUCAUCUGCAGGCCUUCCCGGAGUUUAAGCAGCGGCUGGAAGGCUUGGUGUGGAAGCCCCUGUGCAACCUGGCCAGAGCCCUAGUUGGUCCCCAGAACCUGAUCAAGAAGCGUCUGGACAAACUACUGGACUUUGAGAGGGUGGAGGAGAAGCUGUUGGAGGUGGGCAGUGUGACGUAUGAGGAGGAGGCGGCCCGGCACACAUACCAGGCCCUCAACUCACUACUGGUGGCCGAGCUCCCGCAGUUUAACCAGCUGGCUGUGCAGUGGCUGGGCCAGAUCCUGCGCACAUUCAUGGCUCUACAGAGGGACCUCGCACAGCAGGUGCUGCAGAGGGCAGAGGGCAGCUUGGCUCAGCUGCCCCACAGCCAAGUCUCUGAGCCGGCCUUCAAGAAAUUGGUGGAAGAAACACUGGGCCAGAAUGGAAACCAGCUUCAAUCCUUUCAAGAAAACUUUGGGAAGGUGCUACCACCUCCCACCAUCCAGCCGCUACUCCCGGGGGCCGAGCGCCAGGUAGAGGCUCUCCUAAGCAGGCAUGGCCCUGGGAAGCUGUACCAGGUGACCAGCAACAUCAGCGGGAUGGGGACAAUGGACCUGACGCUGUUGCGGGGACAAAUUGUGGCCCUCCUACAAGACAAGGACACCAAAGGCAACAGCAGCCGCUGGCUGGUGGAUACUGGUGGGCAUCGAGGUUACGUGCCUGCUGGGAGACUGGAGAGGUACCAUGUUGCCCCUAGAGAGGAGGGGCUUGGGGGGUACAAGGGGUCUUGUGACGACACCCAAUGUCUGAUGCCAGAGCCCACGCCAGCCCCUGCAUCCACGCUCCCAACCAUCACCCAGGUGGUGGCAGUGUACCCCUUUGUGGCCAGAAGCAGCCAUGAAGUGGGUGUACAGGCAGGCCAGGCGGUGACCAUCCUGGAGGCCCAUGACAAGAAGGGGAACCCGGAGUGGAGCCUCGUGGAUGUGAACGGACAGCGGGGAUACGUGCCAUCCAGCUUUCUGGCCAGACCCCCCAGCCCAGCCCCCUGGGGCUGGAACCUGCCCUCUUAGGCUUCCACUCCUGGGCGCUCCCAUUGCUAAAGGAUGGGGAGGCUUAGAGGCUGUGGCACUGGGAGGAGGAAGAUGCAUAGAGAAGGUGGGGGUGCAGGGGGAGGUGGAGUCAGGGUGGGGUAAAGGGCACCCAGGGGGCAGCCAGGGAGGUGGGUGGACCUGGCAGCAUGCCCAGAGUGGUUGGUAGUGAGGCUUCAGCUGGAGCUACCCACUGUGUGUGAGCAGCCCAGGGGCAUGGCAGCCUCCAAGGCAGAGCCACAGAAGAUGGGGCUUGGCGGGUUUUCUCCAUACUCCAUCCAGGCCAGCAGUGGUAUCUGCAUGCCAGAGGUUAGCCAGCAGGGGGUGCCCAAGAAGCCCAGUAGCACCCAGCCUAGCAGGUAGCUUCCCCAGUGCAGUCAGAGGACACCAUGACCCAUAGUCACCUUUCCUUUCUACCAGCUGGGAGCUGAGUGGGGAGAGCUUCCUAGGAGACAUAGCUUAGCCUGGGAGUGGGUGUGACCAAGCCACAGCUCUAGAAUGUGUGUGGGCACACUCCCGGGCAGAGGGGCUUUCUGGGGUGUACUGUUGGCUGGGGGUAUCAGUGGCUGCUGCCCCUGUGUUCUCUGCCCCAAGGGACAAAAGGGCAUGCCUUCACCACACAAGCUGGGGGCUAAAGUCCCAGUGGGUGAGGAGAGGCUAAGCAAUGGUUGGGCUUCCUGCUUCUGGGAGGAGGACUGUAAGGGGAACCCCAGUGGCAUAGGGAGGCCUCCCUGGUCUCCUGGCAGCAAGGAGCAUGAGGCCAGUGGGCUGUAACACUUCACCAUCUUGGGUUUCCCAGCUGGGAAGAGAGAAUGAUGUGAAGCCACCCAGUGGGAAGCUUAAUAUAAACGCCCCAGUGUGACACACCUGUGAAUUGCUGCUGGGGGUGAUCUCAGCUCAGCCCCAAACGUUGGCUGGCUAUUGUCACUGCUCUCCAGGGCCAGGCCAUGUGAUGUCUUUUACCAUAAACCCAGGAUGCUUUACCAUUCCUUUUUUUUUUUUUUCCUCCAAAAUCAGUGAACUUUUUCUUUCUUAAGUUUUAAAGAUUUAUUUUUUAUUUAUGUGUUAUUAAUGAAGUGAAGGAGAGAUAACCAAGUGGCAUGGAUUGAAUUCAAGACCUCAUGCUUGAUGUCUGUUUGUUUGUUUUAGAUAGAGACAGAAGGAAAGACAUACAGAGAGAAAGGAAGAGAUAACACAACACAGAAGCUUCCUUCAAUUCAGUAGGGGCUGGGCUUGAACCUGGGUCUUAUACAUGGCAAAGCAGAGCAUUAUCCCAGUGAGCUAGCCCACAGGCCCCAGGACCCCAUGCUUGAGUCCAGUUCUUUAUCCACAGCACCACCUCCUGGUCUGCCACUCCACUUUUAACCAAUCUCUUGUGUCCCAUUCCAAAGCCCCUCAAAGAAAGCAGUGCCUGUCCAAGACGGACUCACCAGCUCUUCAACUCUUAGCUGUCACUUUGGGCUGGAGAGAAAUUGCAAGACUCACAGUGUGACCUUUAGUACAGAUUACAGACUCUGGAAGCAACCCAGGUUCUGAUCAUGUGUAGAAAUGAAUGGUAGCUCAGAUUUCUUUGCAACAGUAACUCUGCAUUAUUGUCACUGCAGUGCGUGAAGCUAUUAGCUCUGGCAUUUGGAGGACUCUGAAGAAAUAUUCAAUAACUAUGUGUGAAGGCGAUCAAAAUAGCUCAGUCGGAUAGUGCGCUGCUUUGCCAUGUGGGUGAUUCAAGUUUGAGUCCAUCCUCCACUGCACUAAAGGAAACUUCGAUGCUGUGCACACUCCUUCUAUGUAUCUAUAUGAUGAGGGGGGUGGGAGAGCUUUACUCCUCUGGGCUGGUGAAAACCUGAAGCUGGCACAAUGCAGGAGAAACUCAGCGCCCAUAACCCAGUCCUGUCCCCCCACCCCUCACUUCACUUUCCAAGAUGCUCGACUCAGUUUUAUUUUUUCUCUUUACUACUCAGGUUUCUGAUACAACUAGGAAACCCAAGGGAGUAAUAAUGAUGAUAAUAAGCUAGGAGACCCUUGCACCACAGACUGGAACCCUAGCUCUGGAUCCCCCCACUGCCUCCCAGGCAGCUUCUAGUCAUGCCUGAGACCUGGACCCCACCCAGAAAUCCUGAGGCAGUUGGUCUGGGGUGUGGUUUCUCCAGGUGCCUCUGUCGUGGUGAGUGCUGGGGACCUCUGGUCCAGACAUGCAGUGCUGACAAGGUGACCCUAGAAUCUAAAGUGGCCACAAACUGUGAUCCAGGCUGUGCCCCCUCUGAGCUUUGUCCUGGCUUUGGAUGUUUGCAGCAGGUGGCUCAGAGGGGGUUUGAAGCAGGACAGCCUGUUCCCAUCAGGCCCCAGAAUGUAGAUUUGUUAAGUGCCAUUAGAAGGGACCUGAGCGAGACCGGCUGUUCCUGUAGGCAUAAGGGAGCAAACUGAAAUGCACUGGGAAUGGAAUCCCCCUCACGCAAGGAAAAUAAAAUCGUAGUCAGCAGCACACGGCUUGUGGAUUUCUCGCAGACGAUGCAAUGAUAUUAAAAGUCAUGGGAGUGUGAGAAAGUGCAGAUUGAAAAAGCUGGAGAAUGGUCUGUAUUUCCUCCAGAGGACUCUAUAACGUGCCUUUCCCCACCACAUGCCUGGAACCACUGCACUGUAUCUUAUUUAUCCUACCGCUGGGCUGUCAGGCAUUAAACUUGUGAAGGUAUUUGCCUGAGAACAGAAGAAGACUCCUGGGAGUUGAAGGCUCAGUCACAAUGGAUGGCCCCUUGUACCAUCCAUUGGAGCAAGACCUCUUUAACCCUUUGGGCUCCAACCCAGUAUGGGAUGUGAGGACAAGAUGAUAAUGUCAGAGGAUUGUUUGCGUGUAUUGGGGUUGUUAUGGUGAAUGCUAGCUUAGGCGGGAGCUAUGGGAAUAAAGGACUUCACAGAGGAAGAAAA